AUGGAUCAAGAAGGAUCGCACGGCCUUGCUUCGACCGAAGCACCGGAUCAGGCGAUCACUGAAGCGUCAAGGAUACAGCCAGAGGCGCCUAAACCUGAUAUUCAGGAAGCUCUCGCUAAUAUCGAUACCACAAUGGGUAAAAUGGCAGACCUGUUCGAAAUAUUAAUAGCUGAAAAAGCUAACAAGCCUUUACAAGGCGAACGCCCAACGGGCAAGAAACAAACGGCAGCCGAGCGUGAAGACGACGCUGCCGGCGGGGACGAAUCAGAAACAUCGUCCUUCAGGUCUAGAGGCAAGCGACAACGUCGCGAACAGUCUCCUGAUGACAUAAGCAUUCAUGCUGGCGAAAGCGAGGAUGGCUUAGCACAGCUUUUGGGAAGCUCUGAAAAAGAGCGGGAAAAUGAACCUGACACCGAAGCCGAACACCUCUUAAAUGAUCUUGCAAAAGGCCUAUCGGAUGAUGAAUCCAUAGGUCCAAACAUAUCGCAAAAAUUAGCUGAUAUAGCAUUAAAACGUUGGGGUAAACAACUCAAUCCUGAAAAAUUGAAGAGUAUACUAGAGAAAUAUACUCGUCCUGAAAACUGUCCGGGUAUGACAUGCAAAAAAGUCAACCCGGAAAUAUGGCAGUUGUUGGGUUCGAAGAGCAAGAGAACAGAUAUUCAACUGUAUAAUUUACAGCAAUCAGUUCUCAAAGCAACAUUUGCAGCUUUACAAACAACAAAUAUGUUAGUGGAAACUCCUAACAGGGAUAACUCCCAGUUGUUGGCAAGCUUAGUAGAUACUGUAGCCAUUUUAGCACAUACCCACACUAACUUGUCUCUGGUCAGGAAAGAACAAAUAAAGCCUGCCCUUAAACAGGAAUACUCGGCAAUAUGUUCAUUGGAAGACCAGCCAAACAGUAAACUGCUGUUUGGAAAUAAUUUGGCAAAAAAUUUAAAGGAUGCCAAAGAGGCUAGUUCCCUCAGUUCUUCUAUGAAAAGUUAUCCCCCCGAGCAGUACAAUUACUCUGCAAACAAAAAACCUGCCUUGAAAAAUAAGCAGGAUUUUUCGCAGGGCCAGCGUAAGAACAAUCAAAAGAAAAAACGCUGGAGGGGGGGGGGGGACGAGAGAAGAAGUGACAGAACUUCUCAAACAAAUCCGAAACUCGGUAAGUGAAUUUGAAAAAUAUAUACCUGUUAUUCUGACAUAUUUACAGAAUUUAUGCACUAGCUUUAAGGCUGGUCGAGUGGCUGAGCAUUUUACAGCCUGGACUAAAAUAACUCAGGACAGCGAAAUUUUAUCAAAUAUAACAGGUGUUGUAAUUGAAUGCACUGAGACACCUGUGCAACUUAACCUACCAGGUCAAAAGUUUCACCCACAUGAAUACCAAAUACUUGAUGCAGAGAUAUCAAAGUUAGUUGGUAAAGGGGUAGUAAACAAAGUACAACCUGAAACAACACAAUUUAUUUCUAGCAUUUUUUUGAGGCCAAAACCUGAUGGGUCACACCGUCUCAUUCUAAAUUUGAAAAAAUUUAACGAAACAGUAGUAUAUCAUCAUUUUAAGAUGGAUUCUAUUUAUGAUAUAACUAAACUAGUUACAAAGGACUGCUUUAUGGCAUAUUUCGAUUUAAAGGAUGCAUAUUACUCAAUACCCAUCAAAGCAUCAGACCGAAAAUAUUUACGUUUCAUCUGGAAAGAAGAAAUUUACCAGUUUACAUGUUUGCCCAAUGGGCUUUCAUGUGCACCUAGGGUAUUUACAAAAAUAUUGAAACCUGCAUUAGCAACUUUACACUCUAUGGGCCACAUUUCUGUGGCACAUAUUGAUGAUUGUUACCUACAAGGUCAGACUUAUGACAAAUGUGUUGUCAAUGUCCUUGAUACAUUCAUGUUGCUUGACAAUUUAGGGUUUGUGAUACACCCCAUUAAAUCAAUUCUUAAACCCUCGCAGCAAAUUAUCACUCUGGGAUUUCUUAUCAACUCAUUGUCCAUGACCAUACGGUUGACUAGCGAUAAAGCUAUUGAUUUAAAAAAGGCUUGUAAAGCUUUAAGGACGGCCUCCAAACCACAAACAAUACGAGAGGUUGCGAGAAUUAUUGGUAAAAUAGUGGCAAGCUUCCCGGGGGUUAUGUACGGACCCUUGUACUACAGGGAGUUGGAUAAAGAUAAAACCCAGGCCCUAAAAGAAGCAAAAGGGGAUUUUGAUGCGACAAUGGCACUAUCACAGGGUGCAAAAACGGAAUUGCACUGGUGGGAGUAUCAUGUGGAAAACUCCUUUCAAAAAUUGACACAUGAGGAGCAACAACACAAAAUCACUACUGAUGUCUCGCUCUCGGGAUGGGGGGCGGAGUACCAAGAUAUAUCUACAGGGGGAAUGUGGACUAAGUCUGAAGCUACAAAUCACAUUAACUACCUGGAAAUGUUAGCCAUCUUUCUUGGCCUAAAGACAUUUGCAAAAAAUCUGAAUAACACACACAUAGGAAUAAUGUGUGAUAAUACCACUGCGGUUAAUGUUAUAAAUCACAUGGGUACAAGUCACUCUGACAUUUGCAAUAUUAUGGCAAAGCAAAUUUGGGAGUGGUAUAUAGAUAAAAACAUAUGGCUCACCGUAGCCCACAUCCCGGGAAAACAAAAUUUCGUGGCGGAUUAUGAAUCAAAGCGACAUCAAAGGGAAUCUGAAUGGAUGUUAAAUAAGGCAUUGCUUUCAGAUACCUUGAUUAAGCUUAACUUUAGCCCAGAGAUCGACUUAUUUGCAACUCGGAUAAACAAGCAAUUCCCAAAAUAUGUUGCAUACCGACCAGACCCAAAUUCUUGUGCAAUAGACGCAUUCACCUUAUCAUGGGCAAACUUAAAAUUUUACGCCUUCCCACCAUUUAGUGUCAUUGGAGCUAUGCUGGCAAAGAUCCAAAAAGAGAGAGGUCAAGGAAUAUGUGUGUUGCCGAACUGGCCAACCCAGAGCUGCUAUGCAAAAGCGUUUCACAUGAUGACACAGGAGCCAGUUUACAUCAAAGCCAGCAAAAGUCUUCUCAACCUACCAAGUCAUCCACAGGAAGUACAUCCAAUUUGGCAAAAAAUGAACCUUAUAAUCUGCCUCUUGUCCGGGAGAAACUAG